CCCCCCCUCGUCCUCGUCCUCGCAAACACUCUUCUUCUUCUUCUUCAUCUCUCCAUCUCUCCAUCUCUCCAUCUCUCCAUCCUCUUCAUCGCUUCACCACCCUCCUUCUUAAUACCACAAUCAUAAUGCUCGCCCUCAUCAAGCUCUCCCUCCUCGCCGCCCUCGCCGUCGCUGAGCUCGUCUGCCCAGACGAGGACGGCACCACCGUCCCCCCGCCCACCACCACCCCGCCCCCCUCGGGAUCCGGCACCGUCAUCCACCCCGGCACCCACACCAACCUCUGUGUCGACGUUGCGGGCGCCCGUUUCGCCAACGGUAUCCCCGUCCAGGUCUACCAGUGCAACGGCACCCCCGCCCAGGGCUUCACCCUCGUCCGCGGCAACCAGCAGAUCAAGGUCGCCGGUACCAACUACUGCCUCGACGCCGGUGUCAACCCCCGCGACGGCUCCAAGAUCCACCUCUGGACCUGCUACCCCGGCCUGACCCAGCAGCAGUGGUACUACACGCCCGACAACCGCAUCGCUGUUACCAACAGCGGUCUCUGCCUCGACCUGACGGACGGCCGUGCCCAGAACGGCAACCAGCUGCAGGUGUGGACGUGUGGCAACGGCAACGCGAACCAGGUCUGGCGGUCGAACGUUGCUGGCGGCCAGGCGCGCCGCCACUGGUACCACGACUGAUUGAGUGAGGCAGAGGGCAGGGUGCUCUUGUGAGACAUGCGACCCGCCACUUUUAGACAUUGUUGAGACUAUGCCCGCUGUGCAUGCGUUGGCCUUGGUCUAGUAUUCUAUGCAUAGGACAUUUAGUGUACG